AUGGCAACCUUAAAUGAGAAGAAGACCUGCAGCGAACGUAUGGCAGAUUUCCGUCGUUUUGUCUGGAAUCCAGAAACAAAGCUCUUCAUGGGAAGGUCCUUAAUUAACUGGGUGUGGAUCAGCCUCUACUACCUGGCUUUCUACGUGGUGAUGUCGGGGCUGUUUGCACUCUCCAUUUAUUGCUUAAUGAGGACCAUCAAUCCCUAUGAGCCGGAUUACCAGGACCAGCUGAAAUCCCCAGGUGUAACCUUACGACCCGAUGUUUAUGGGGACAGAGGACUGCGAAUUUAUUACAACGUAUCGGACAACAAAACCUGGGAAGGUUUAGUGACAACUCUUCACACUUUUCUGACAGCAUAUACACCAGCUGCUCAGCAUCUGAACAUCAACUGCACCAAUAAUACCUACUUCAUCCAGGACACCUUUGAUGGCCCAAAUAACACAAAACUAUCCUGCAAAUUCACCUCAGACAUGCUUCAAAACUGCUCCGGCAUCACAGAUCCAACUUUUGGAUAUCCAGAAGGAAAACCCUGUUUUAUUAUAAAAAUGAACAGGAUUAUCAAGUUUUACCCCGGCAAUGGCACUGCACCAAGGGUGAACUGCACAUAUGCGGGUGAGGAGGGGUCUCGCCCGCUGGAAGCGGAUUACUACCCUGGGAACGGCACCUUCAGCCUGCACUACUUCCCCUACUACGGCAAAAAGGCCCAGCCCAGCUACAGCAAUCCCUUGGUAGCUGUGAAAUUUCUCAACAUUACGAGGAAUGUAGAAUUUAAAAUAGUGUGCAAAGUCAUUGGAGCUGGAAUUACCUUCAAUGUUCAUGAUCCGUAUGAAGGCAAAGUGGAAUUUAAACUGAAAAUAGAAGACUGAGCAGCAACAGAGACACUUCUGGAAACUGUAUGAACAGUAAAAUUAACUAUUAUCACACUCAUCGAUAUUUAUUUUCUCACUAUGGUUCCCAUAUAAAUUACAA